ACCAUUUCUGUUGUGAGGUAAAACGCAUACGAGCACAUCCCUACUUUAGAAACCUAGGAUACAGUAAAAGAGAAACAUGAUGGAGGAUCAUCCGACAGGCUUCAGGUUCUAUCCAACGGAGGAAGAGCUCAUUUCUUUCUAUUUGCACAACCAGCUCGAGGGCUCGCUACAAGACCAGCUCCACCAGAUCAUUCCGGUAUUCAACAUCUAUGCCACCGAGCCGUGGAAUCUCCCAGAGCUUUCCGGAGAGUUGUGCCGAGAAGACAAAGAGCAGUGGUUCUUCUUCGCUCCGAUGCAGGAGAGAGAAGCCAGAGGAGGGAGACCUAGCAGAAGCACGGCGGUGGGUUACUGGAAGGCGACCGGGUCGCCUGGUUAUGUCUACUCGGCGGACAACAAAGUGAUUGGGAUGAAGAAGUCCAUGGUCUUCUACGUGGGAAAAGCUCCAACAGGAACAAAAACCAAAUGGAAAUUGAACGAGUAUAAAGCCAUAGAAAUAAUCUCACCUCCCAAUUCUAAUUCUUCAAGUUCUAGCAUGCCCGGGUUUAGGUUGAGGCAUGAGUUCGCGUUGUGCCGAGUGUACGUUGUGUCCGGGAGCUCCCGAGCAUUUGAUCGUCGGCCAUUGGAGUUGGUGGUUGCGGAGACAAUACAAGGUGGAGAUGGUGAAAGUGGCAGUGGCGGUGGCUAUGGCGGAUCGGUGUCCUCAUCAAGAUCAGUGACAGAAAAUAGUGCUGGAAUUUCCCGUUACAGGGAGACGACUACGUCGACUAGUAUGGAAACCGAAGAACCUAUAUGGGAUUGGGAACAACUCAAUUGGUUUUAAAACAGUCCUUAGAAAACAGAUUUCCUCUGGAUGAAUUACCAUCUUUGACAGAAAGUUGUUCGUCAAUCGAUUUUUUCUCUUUUUAGUUUCCAUUGGGUUCCAAUGGGAAAAGGGUUAAUGACAAUAGCGUGUCCUCUAAUAAUGUGCAUCUACAAGAGAAUAAUAUUGACCAAGAUACAGUAUGUCUAGUAUA